AUUUACAUUUCCGAGAUUGAUAGUAGGGACGCACACAAAUGAGACGCUAUCUUUGAUAACGGAAUCGUUUUAAAACGAGGUUAGCGGUCGCCAGUGCGCUUUGGGUAGCGUACCCGUCAUCCCGCGCGAGUGGUCAGCGGCGGUCUUCUUGAAGUCUCCCCGAAGAUUAAUCGGGAUUUAAAUGAAGAAACAAACAGACAAGAAGUCACCGAGUCCAGGAAAUCGGCGGAUUGAUGCCGGCCCGGUUCUCAGAAAUACAUUGGCUGGGAAAGGCUGAGCAAGAAGCAGUCUGGAUCUGGAGCCAGGAGGCGAAGGACAGAGCGAGAGAGAGAGAGAUCAGGGAGCAGCAGCCAGCAGCAGCAGACAGCAGCGAAAUCAUAUCUUGAGAAGCCAGUUCACUAGAGAUCUAGCAGCUGCGUGCUGAGUCACAGCCUUGCUUCCAAAAGUACCGCCAGCCUCCGGACCAGUUCGCUCCAAGUUGCGGGACACUUUGCCCCCAGACGACUCAACUGCAAGGUGCGAGGACCCCCCCCCCCCCCCGUCCCAGCCGACGCCAUGGAGACCCCCGGCCCGAAGCGCACCACCCGCGGUGGCAGCACCCCCCUCUCGCCGGCCCGCAUCACCCGGCUGCAGGAGAAGGAGGAUCUGCAGGACCUGAACGACCGGCUGGCCGUCUACAUCGACAAGGUGCGCUCGCUGGAGGCGGAGAACGCCGGGCUGCGGCUGCGCAUCACCGAGUCCGAGGAGGAGAUCAGCCGCGACCUGUCGGGCCUGAAGGCCGCCUACGAGACCGAGCUGGCCGACGCGCGCAAGACCCUGGACUCGGUGGCCAAGGAGCGGGCCCGCCUGCAGCUGGAGCUGGGCAAGGUCCGCGAGGAGUACAAGGAGCUGAAGGCCAGGAACUCCAAGAAGGAGGCGGACCUGGCUGCGGCUCAGGCCCGGCUCAAGGACCUGGAGGCCCUGCUCAACUCCAAGGACGCCUCUCUGAGCACCGCGCUGGGGGAAAAGCGCACCCUGGAGGCGGAGCUCAGGGACCUGAAGGCACAGCUGGGCAAGCUGGAGGGCGGCCUGGUCGAUGCCAAGAAGCAGCUGCAGGACGAGAUGCUGAGGAGAGUGGAUGCUGAGAACCGUAUCCAGACGCUGAAAGAGGAGCUGGAGUUCCAGAAGAACAUCUACAAUGAGGAGCUGCGCGAGUCCAAGCGGCGCCUGGAGACGCGCAUGGUGGAGAUGGACACGGGCCGGCAGCAGGAGUUCGAGAGCAAGCUGAGCGAGGCCCUGAUGGAGCUGCGGAGCCAGCACGAGGACCAGGUCAAGAUGUACAAGGAAGAGCUGGAGAAGACCUACAACGCCAAGGUCUGCCCCUCCUGCGCUGUGCCUUGCCUGCGUUCUUAA